AUGUCCUUACUCCUGGGCUGUUUUCAAAUGGGUAUCGCUGCCGAAGUGGAAUAUCAAACAAUUGAGGACCUGAAGCAUGCUCUAGAUAAGCGGGACGAGGAACGAUGGUCUCCAAUUCCGAGAUCGACAAUCUUUCGUUGCAUGGUUGACCAGGAUAUCAUGACUGAAUCAGAGCAAAGAGUGACAAAUCUCUCUGUUCCUAGUCGCCAAAUCUGCAGAAAUACCGUGAAUAAUGACAAUGGACAUUUGAUGCACCAAUCCAAUGAAACCCCCAUCCCGGUUAGACCCUCAUUUCGAGUAGGACAAAUGGAACCAAUGCCUAAAGGACAUUUCAUAUGCUUCAACGAUGCCAGGAUUGCUGGAAUAAUCAGAGGAAAUCGACACUCCAUUCUUUGGGAGAUCCACCCACGUGUUCAGACCAUCCAGCAAUACAUCCACUUUAAGGAUAUGGCACCAAUGGAAGAACCAAUGGAGGCAAACUUGAUCGCUGCUAUAUCCCAAGGUCUGGACCAUAUAGUCCCAUACUAUCCGCAUCUUUGCCUCGGGAUUUAUGCCACCAGAUCAAACCUAGAUGCCCAGAACAGACUUUGCAUGGCCUUGGGUCAAAAUGUACGGUGCGGCAACCUGGAAACCUUUCCAUACGUGUUCAGACUAUGCGUUGUCGAUGCCAACUUCAGUGGAGUGCUGAUUAUUGCUUGGUUGAGAAAAAGAAACCCUCUGAGCAGAAGCGUUGAAGUGAAAGUGGAUAUCCAACGUGAGCCAGCUGCUAGCCAGUCUCCUAAAGAACCAGAUCUGGAUCAACUUCACUACAUCCCCACCCCGAUGAAGAGACAUUCUUCCCUAUUGCGAAGGCGUGAAUAA